AUGGUGGUGAAGAACAGGAUUGGAGGGAGAAUCAACACCUCUGAGUUCUGUGGUGACCAGAUUGAGCUUGGUGCUACUUGGAUCCAUGGAAUUGGAGGAAGCCCUCUUCACAAGAUUGCUCAACAAACACACUCAUUGCUUUCUGACAAGCCUUGGGAGUGCAUGGAUGGAAACUCAUCAGAUCAAACCACCAUCACCAUUGCUGAAGGUGGCUUCCACUUGGACCCUUCCAUUGUAAACCCCAUCACAAGGCUCUUCAAGAACCUCAUGGAUCAUGCUCAGGGCAAGAACCAGAAGAACAACAUCACUGAACGAGAUACUACUGCAAGAGGUGAUGAAUUUCUUCACAGCUUCUGUAAGAAGGUGUCAACAAGAGUUGGCUCUGCAGGCCUUAGUAUUGGUUCUUUCCUCAGGGGAGGCCUUGAUGCAUACUGGGAUUCCUCAAAGGAUCAAGAGGAGUUCAAAGGGUGUGGGAUAUGGAACAGGAAGUUGCUUGAAGAAGCAAUCUUUGCAAUGCAUGAGAACACGCAGAGGACAUACACAUCUGCCGGUGAUCUCUUGAACCUUGAUUACAAUGCUGAGAGUGAAUACCAAAUGUUCCCUGGUGAAGAAAUCACCAUUGCCAAAGGCUACUUGAGCAUAAUUGAGUACUUGGCUUCUGCUCUACCGCCGGGGGUAAUUCAGUUAGGUAGAAAAGUCACAAGAAUUCAAUGGCAACCAGAGAGACAUGAACAAAAUGGUUUCUGUUCUUCUAGGCCUGUGAAGCUACACUUCUGUGAUGGAUCAGUUAUGCAUGCUGAUCAUGUCAUUAUCACUGUUUCACUUGGAGUGCUAAAAGCUGCUAUUGGUGAUGAUCAAGGUAUGUUUCAGCCCCCUCUUCCAAAUUAUAAGGCUGAAGCAAUUUCAAGGCUUGGUUUUGGUGUUGUUAACAAGUUGUUUAUGCAAUUGAGCCCAACAACACAUCAUUGUAAAGACGGUCAUCACCGCCCUAAAAGGUUCCCAUACUUGCAAUUGGUUUUUCAUUCACCUCACUCUGAGAUGAGGCACAAGAAGAUACCUUGGUGGAUGAGGAGGUCACCUACCCUUUGUCCAAUCUACAAGAAUUCCAGUGUCCUCCUUUGUUGGUUUGCUGGGGAAGAAGCAAAGGCACUUGAGUCACUCAAAGAUGAAGAGAUCAUUAAUGGAGCUUCAGACACAUUCUCCAGCUUUCUGUGUUCUGGUUAUUCAUACAAUGAAGUUCAGUUCAGCAAAGUGUUGAAGACAAAAUGGGCAACAGAUCCUUUGUUUUUAGGGUCAUACAGUUAUGUUGCUGUUGGAUCAAGUGGUGAAGAUUUUGAUACAAUGGCUGAGCCAUUGCCUAGAGAAAGCACAUCAUCACCACCACUUCAGAUUUUGUUUGCAGGGGAAGCAACUCACAGAACCCAUUAUUCCACAACUCAUGGAGCUUACUUCAGUGGCCUUAGGGAAGCCAAUAGGCUUCUUCAACAUUAUCACUCCCUUGGGAUAUAUAACAACUAGUAUUUUUUUUUCCUUUUUUUCUUUUGCUCCUUUUUUAUUUAUUUUUUAGUCAUUAAUUUCUAUGAUAUGAUUCCCAUUUUUAUUUUAGACAUCUUUGGUUGUUUAAUUUUCCUAAAGUAAAGUAGUAAGUGGUUGGAGCAAAAAUUCUAGAAAUUAGAAGGUGCAAGAUGGAAAGUGAGAUGGUGGGGUCAUUUCAGCUGUAUGAAAUAAAUUUUCCUCACAUCUCUUCCUGUUCAUCCAAUGGAUGUUAGUUUCUUUUUGUUUGAUCACUUAUUUAUCUUCAAAUCAAGUUUGGCGAGGUAUUCACUUA